AUGAGCCAGGGAAAGAGAGAAGCUAAGAAUCCUUCCGUGCUGAAGCGUAUACUGGUGAACUGCGCAUCCCAGGUCAGUAGAAUUCGUCACAGAUGAAUAAUGUGGCUCUUCAUUGAUGGAAAAAAUACCUGGCUAGCGUAAAAUUGGUGGGAGCAUCGUGAACAGACACACAUUGGAUGAAGUUCAUGAUUGGUGAAGAAUAAGUGAGAUGAGAGCAGCAUUGAAGCAUAAAAUAUUCACCGCAUAUCGUACAGCGGGGAGAACUGCCUAGUGUCAUGCCUCAAGUUCUGCCUUUGAUUUUGCUAUACUUUCAACAUCCUCCAAGGACUCUUAUUUCCAACAGUAUUAAUCGAUCAUAUUCAGCGCCUUGAUUCCUUUCAUCUAUUGUAGACGUGAUUAAACUAGAUAGAUAGAUAGAUAGAUCGAGAGAGAGAGAGAGAGAGAGAGAGAGAGAGAGAGAGAGAGAGAGAGAGAGAGAGAGAGAAACUAAAGUGAUUGCCUAGUUGAGGUUAUGCUAAAAUAUUAACAGGAUGGGGAAGAUAAUGAAACGAUGGGAUGAGUACAUAUUCAUGGGAAGAAAGAAAGCAUAUUAAUGACUAUACAAAGUAGAAAAAUAGAGAUCGAGGGUCAUCAACAACAAUGUUAAAUGUAAAGGUACGAAGACCGAAAAGAAAAAAAAAGAAUAGCAAGUGUAAGGCACAAAACUAAAGUGUCAAAUUGGCAAACAUGAUUGAGGAAACAAGGCAUCAGAUCACCAAAUAACCGCGGCUAAAAAGUCACAGACUUUGGCCCAAGUGCUCUCUAAAACUGCUUUAUUGUAUUGCCUAUUAAAUUAACAUACACAGUUAACCAUGCCGAGGUCCAAGCAAACUGGCAAUGUAAUGGAACUCCAUGCGUCAAUUAAAAUUAUGAUCCUUUUCUCGUCGCUACCAGUUUAUUAUCAAUUAAGGCUACAAUGAGACAUCUCUUUAUGUUCGGUGGUCGUUGCUUCAUGUUUUUAUUGUGAUUCUUAUCUGCCACAGGCAAAAGAAUAUGGCAGAUGUGUUGCAGAAAAAGUCCCAGAGAUUGAACGUGACAUGUGUUCAAAGGAAUUUCUCGCUCUAAAGACAUGCAUGUCCAAUGCUGUAUGUAAUCAUUUUGUAUGCAAUCUAUGGUGUACUCUGUCCUACUCUACUUGGAGUUACAUUUUAUUCUUAUAUGCCUUUCUACUGGCCUUAAAGGUUAGGAAGAGGGUAUAAUCGAGGUUGCCAUUGGAAGGAACUCAGAAGGGCAUUGGCACAUCAAGUUGGCUAGCUAGAUAAGGUAUCAAAUUUUUGGAAAGUAUGCUUAA